AUGUAUAUAAUAAUAUAAUCUGAUCAAAUUAUAUUUGGAAAGAAUAAAUAACUUUUAACAAUGGAAACAUUGAAUUCACCAUCAGAUAAAGUUUUAUAUCAAGCUAUUAUGGUUAAAGAACCAGUGAUAUUUCAACGAUUCUUACAAAAUGCAAAAGAUGAUUAUUGUUGGAAAUUAUUUGAAUGGAAUUUAUCGGAACUUGCUGAAAAAUUCGGAGAUAUUAAAUUACCAUUUCGAGUUGGUUAUAAUGCUAAAUCUACGAAUCCACAAUGGGAAGUAAAUUGUCCAACAGUUUUAAUGACACUAUUAGAAUUUAUUCAAAAUAUGAAACUCCAUGAAAAUCAUAAAAAGUGGUAUUAUUUUGAUUAUAAAUAUAUGCAAGAAUGGUUUAAAAAUAAACCAGAAAUAAUAAAUUCAAUAAAUUGGAAAAGAUUUAAUAUUGAUAAAACUGGUGAUGAUUCUACUAUUUGGAUUGGAAGUAAAGGAGCUCAUACAAAUUGUCAUCAGGAUUCUUAUGGUUGUAAUUUAGUAGCUCAAAUACAUGGAAGGAAACAAUGGUUAUUGUUUCCUCCAAAUUCAACUAACUUUCUUCGACCAACAAGAAUUCCUUAUGAAGAAUCUACAAUAUAUAGUAAAUAUAACUUUUUUUGUCCUACUAAGGAAGAUGAGACUAAUAUAUUAAAAAUAAAAGACACAGCAAAACUAGUAACUUUAGAACCAGGAGAUAUAUUAUUUGUGCCUCCUGGUUGGUGGCAUUAUGUUGAAUCAUUGGAUUUUAGUAUUAGUGUCAAUAUGUGGUUACCAGUAUUAACAGAUAAUAUAUCAAGAGUUAAAGAAGCUAUUGUUAAAUUAAUAGUAGCUAAAAUUGGAAAAGAUAUCUAUAAUAUACCUGAAAUUAAUGAAAUAGAUAGUAUAAAUUUGCUCAAUAUUGCUAUUGAAGAAUGUAAACAUAUAGAAAAUGUAGAAUCACCUAAUAAAAAAAUAAAACAUAGUACAUGGACUGCCAAAGAUUUAGCAAUAGAGUAUCCAGUUUAUGUAAAAUUACCUCAUGAGCUUAAAAUAACAGAAUUAGAAGAAUUUUUGAAAAUGAAAAGGGAAAGAUUUUCUGAAGAAUAUUUUGAAAUGUUAAAAGAAGAUUCUUCCAAAACUCAUAUUAAUCUACAGAAUAUUUACUCUUCUGCUCAAUGUUUAUCUGAAAAUAUUAUCAAUGCACUUUGUCAUCCUGAUGUAGUUAAUAAAGUUACUGAAUUAUUUCUAUCCUAAUAUUUAUGUAA